UUGUGCCGUCAGUACUUCCUGUAUCAGGCAGGCUCGGUUAGCGGCAGGCUCCUCGGCUCCUCCUGACCCAGCGAGCAGCUGGAUUGUCAAUUUCAGGUCUCCCGGGCACGGUUGGGUUGAGCUCUCCUCGCCCGCAACUCUGGAAGCUGGCUGACCUCUCCCGAGAGCGGAGCUGCAUGUGCCCGAGCAGAGCCGAGGGAGAAUGGCAGUCCUCAAACUCACCGACCAGCCACCACUGGUCCAAGCAAUUUUCAGCGGUGAUCCAGAGGAGAUACGGAUGUUGAUCUACAAAACUGAGGAUGUUAAUGCUCUGGAUGGUGAGAAACGCACCCCGCUUCAUGUUGCGGCUUUUCUGGGGGAUGCAGAGAUCAUUGAGCUCCUCAUUUUGUCAGGGGCUCGUGUCAAUGCCAAGGACAAUAUGUGGCUGACCCCUCUUCAUCGGGCUGUUGCCUCAAGGAGCGAAGAAGCAGUACAAGUAUUGAUUAAGCAUUCAGCGGAUGUUAAUGCUCGGGACAAGAACUGGCAGACACCGUUGCAUGUAGCAGCUGCAAACAAAGCAGUGAAGUGCGCAGAAGUAAUCAUCCCAAUGCUGAGCAGCGUCAAUGUCUCUGACAGAGGGGGGCGGACAGCGUUACACCAUGCAGCUCUGAAUGGCCACAUUGAGAUGGUGAACUUGCUUUUAGCCAAAGGGGCAAACAUCAAUGCUUUUGACAAAAAGGACAGGAGAGCUAUUCAUUGGGCAGCAUAUAUGGGCCACCUGGAGGUUGUUGCCUUGCUGAUUAACCAUGGUGCAGAGGUGACUUGUAAGGACAAAAAGGGUUACACUCCACUUCAUGCUGCUGCAUCCAAUGGGCAGAUUAAUGUAGUGAAACACCUUCUUAAUCUAGGUGUAGAGAUUGAUGAAAUGAAUAUCUACGGAAAUACUGCGCUCCACAUUGCAUGUUAUAAUGGUCAGGAUUCGGUAGUUAAUGAGUUGAUUGACUAUGGUGCUAAUGUUAAUCAGCCUAAUAACAGUGGAUUUACCCCCUUGCAUUUUGCUGCUGCCUCCACUCAUGGAGCUUUGUGUCUUGAACUGCUAGUGAAUAAUGGAGCAGAUGUUAAUAUUCAGAGUAAAGAUGGCAAGAGUCCACUGCACAUGACAGCUGUCCACGGGAGGUUCACACGGUCGCAAACCCUCAUUCAGAAUGGAGGUGAAAUUGACUGUGUUGAUAAGGAUGGCAACACCCCUCUGCAUGUGGCUGCGAGAUAUGGACAUGAGCUUUUGAUUAACACCCUAAUAACCAGCGGAGCUGAUGCUGCCAAGUGCGGUAUCCACAACAUGUUCCCCUUACAUUUAGCAGCACUAAACGCUCACUCGGACUGCUGCAGGAAGUUGUUGUCAUCAGGACAAAAGUAUAGCAUAGUGUCCUUGUUUAGUAAUGAGCACGUGCUGUCUGCAGGCUUUGAAAUAGACACCCCAGAUAAUUUUGGAAGAACGUGCCUCCACGCUGCUGCUGCAGGAGGUAACGUUGAAUGUGUAAAACUCUUGCAGAGCAGUGGAGCAGAUUUUAAUAAAAAGGACAAAUGUGGGAGGACACCUUUGCACUAUGCAGCUGCGAAUUGUCAUUUCCAUUGUAUUGAGACACUGGUGACCACAGGGGCAAAUAUUAAUGAAAUGGAUGACUGGGGACGUACUGCUUUGCACUAUGCUGCUGCUUCAGACAUGGACAGAAAAAGAAAGAAUAUUUUAGGUAACUCCCAUGAAAAUGCCGAAGAACUUGAAAGAGCCAAUGAGAUGAAGGAAAAAGAAGCUGCAUUGUGUCUAGAGUUCCUGCUUCAGAAUGAUGCCAAUCCAUCGAUCCAAGACAAAGAAGGGUACAACACAGUGCACUAUGCUGCUGCUUAUGGCCAUAGACAGUGUUUGGAAUUGCUUCUGGAAAAAACCAGCAACAUUUUUGAUGAACCAGAUUCAGUAGCUACUAAAAGUCCUUUGCAUUUAGCUGCCUAUAAUGGUCAUCAUCAAGCCUUGGAGGUACUUCUUCAGUCUCUGGUAGACUUGGAUAUUAAAGAUGAGAAAGGACGCACUGCCUUGGACCUGGCUGCCUUUAAAGGACAUGCAGAAUGUGUUGAAGCUCUCAUCAGCCAGGGUGCUUCCAUCUUGGUAAAAGAUGACAUCACCAAAAGAACCCCACUCCAUGCCUCAGUCAUCAACGGUCACACACCAUGUUUGCGGCUGUUGCUGGAAGUUGCAGACAACCCUGAUGUGACAGAUGCCAAAGGACAAACCCCACUGAUGCUAGCUGUGGCAUAUGGGCACAUUGAUGCUGUUUCCUUGUUACUUGAAAAAGAAGCAUCUGUAGAUGCCGCCGAUCUCCUGGGAUGCACAGCUUUACAUCGAGGGAUUAUGACUGGGCAUGAGGAAUGCGUUCAAAUGCUGUUGGAACAAGAAGUAUCUAUCUUGUGCAAAGACUCCAGAGGCAGGACACCUUUACAUUAUGCAGCAGCUCAUGGUCAUGCCACUUGGUUGAGUGAAUUACUGCAGAUGGCACUGUCAGAAGAGGACUGUAGUUUCAAAGAUAAUCAAGGUUAUACACCAUUGCACUGGGCUUGUUAUAAUGGUAAUGAAAAUUGCAUAGAGGUACUAUUGGAACAGAAAUAUUUCCGCAAAUUUAAUGGUAAUAACUUCUCUCCAUUGCACUGUGCUGUAAUCAAUGAUCAUGAAAAUUGUGCGUCACUGCUUAUUGGGGCUAUAGAUGCCAGCAUUGUCAACUGUAAAGAUGACAAAGGAAGAACUCCCCUUCAUGCGGCAGCCUUUGCCGAUCAUGUGGAAUGCUUGCAGCUUCUUUUAAAUCACAAUGCACUGGUAAAUGCUGCAGAUAAUUCAGGGAAAACGCCACUUAUGAUGGCAGCUGAAAAUGGACAUACAGGUGCUGUAGAUUUUUUGGUGAACAGUGCCAAGGCUGAUCUGACUGUAAAGGAUAAGGACUUGAAUACGCCCUUGCACUUGGCUAGCAGUAAAGGUCAUGAAAAAUGUGCCUUGUUAAUACUUGACAAGAUCCAAGAACAGAGCCUUAUUAAUGCAAAAAAUAAUGCGUUGCAGACACCUCUCCAUAUUGCUGCACGAAAUGGCCUAAAAAUGGUGGUUGAACAGUUGCUGGCCAAGGGGGCGUGCGUACUAGCGGUAGAUGAAAAUGGUCAUACGCCAGCCCUGGCUUGCGCUCCUAACAAAGACGUGGCUGACUGCCUGGCACUCAUUUUGGCUACCAUGAUGCCUUUUUCUCCUUCCAGUUCAAUGAUGCCUUUCAACUUCGUUUGUUUAAAAAAAGACAAUUUAAGCAGGACACAUCUCUGCGAUGGCUCCAAUAUGGGCAGCAUUAACUCUUACAGUAAACCCUUGAGUAACAAUAUAGGAACAGAGGAUGGGUACAAUGAAAAUGAUUCCGAUUCUGAAACGUUUUGACUUUGGUAUUCAAAGCUUUUUCUUAAUUGCAUUUGGGUUGUUUUUUUUUGGUUGUUUUUUAAAAAAAGCUUGAAUCCCACAUUAUAUUUUUAAAGUAUUAUUAUUGAUUGAAACUUCCGGAAUUAGGCAUUGAAAGGAUUAGUAACAUUAAAAAUAAUCUAGCCUUUAAUAUAGAAGUUAGGGAUUUUCGUUUGAAUGAAUUCACAUGUAUGUUCUGUAGCUUCAAGUUUCACCAUGUUUUCUUUAGGCCCCAAGUGCUCCUGUGAACGUUUCUACCUCUUUUUUUUUUAAGUAGAAAAAGAGAAAAUGCCUUUUUCUUUUUGACAGCACAAAUGAACAGAGAACUGUUGUAUAAAAUAUUCAUAUGUCCUAGCUGUAUAGUUGGUACACAGACGUCUUUCCAAUGUGGCUUUCUUAGAUUCCAAGAAAGAACCCCAACCCUCUCCUCAUUGUUGUCUAUUUCCUAGUUAACACAGGUUCUGUUGAGUAGAUAAUAGUUUGUUACACAAACCAAAGGUAAAGUUGUGCAUCUUUUUAAAGUACUGCCUGUAUUACCUUCUCUAAGGGAAAUAAGACAUUUUACACUCUGCAUGUAUUAAGCACUUAAAUAUACAGAAGGCACUUUUAAAAGAUCUUAGGUACAGCACACAAUUAGAAGAAUACUGAUAUAAAAAUUUAAGGCCAAAUCCUGCUUGUCUCUCUCAUACCAAUAUUUCCCCACUGACAUCAGUGGAAUUACUUGUGUGAAGUCAGCAUGAUUCAGCCCUUGAUUUGUUUUUUUUCAAUUCAGCACAAACAUAUAUGGUUUAUUUGCACUACAGAAUUAGGGUCAUUAGGAGCUUCUGUUACCUGAGCAAUUAACCACCAAUCUGAGAUCAGAAAAAAAAAAAGCUGUUGAUUUAUGAUGCAUCUAUAUUUUGUUGCCAAUUUAAAUUGGUAUUUUUCAUUUUCUUUUCUAAACUUAUAUAGCUUAUUUUUACCAGGAACAUUAUCAGGUUUUAAAAUACUUUUGCCAAUAUUUGGGUUAAAAUGAAUAAAGCAAAGGUAAAUACAGAGCAAGUGAAAGCAUUACAUCAAAAGUGGACAUACCAAACAAACGCUAGUAAAUUUGAAAGCAUAUUAUGGAAAGGGAAUCAUGAUGUACUAGAACAGCCGAUUGACACCAGCUUGCUUAAGCAACAUCAACAUUGUGAAUAUAUCUACUCCUUCUGCCAAAGCUUCUAGGUCAAAUGGACCCCGUUCCUCGUCUGGAACAGAUGUACAAAAGGAAGACUGAGACUUUAAAAAAAAUAAGCAAAUAAAUUACCAUGAACUAACCAGCUCUAUACCACGAGGACCAAAAUGCUUCAGUAUUUAAAUGGAAGAUUUUAAUUUUUUUCUGAAUGCAAGUGACAGAAUGAAGUAAUUUUUCUAAACAAUAAAAAUGUAAACUUUUUGAGUAAUGAAUAGUCUGGGGUGUAUUUUACAUUUUAUGACACAAAUUUCUAGCUGACAGCUUGACGUUUUUAACUGAUGAUGUGUUGACCACAGUUUAUUUUUUUCCAGACUAGAGAGAAUGUUCAUAUACUUUUAAUGUAAAUGUGUUUAUAUUUAUUUGAAAUGAAACCAAUGCCCAGGAAAAAUAACUAUGACUUGUUCUCCUUUUUUGUGAAUCUUAUUUGGCAUAACACAAAAUGAAAUGUGAAUAUAAGCCAAGCCUGUUGGCUUGAGUGGGGAGGAGGGAGGGCGUGUGUAGCGUGGCCACAUGGGCUCAAAACUAACCUCAGGUUCUUACUCAUAUGGCUGGAUGUAAUGUGAAGAUGAAACAACCAGCCUGUUGGUAAAGGGUGGAGAGUGAAUUUGUGCAUUGCACCACUUGAGCACCCUUUAUCAGACAGAUUAGAGCAUAGGAAAAACUCACAACUUCCUAGCAGGGAAGGGGGGGCAUCAUAACGCAGCUAAGGUAUGUGGCACAGGGAGGAUAGAGGAGAUGUAAUGUGGCUUGGAGUAAAGAAAUUUGUUGAAACUACCUAUGAUUCCCACUCUGGCUGUUUGCAGGCUUAAGUCUAUGCUAGAAGGAUGGGAGGUGUCUCCUCAAUAAACACUUUAGGCAGGGCAAAGGAAAAAAUAGUUGUUUUUUUUUUGGUUUUUUUUUAAUUGCCAAUUCUGAUAGUGUUCUAUAUAAUCAAUGUCAACAUUUUCUAAAAUUUGUUGACAGGUUCCCAUUCUUCAUGAAGGG